AUGCUCAGCUUCUUCCUUCGUGUCUUUCUUUCAUUCUUUCUUUCUUUCUUUCUUUCUUUCUUUCUUUCUUUCUUUCUUUCUUUGCAAGCUUACAUUCGUUCUUUAUAUGAAAAUACAUACUUCUUUCUUUCUUUCUACUUUCCCUCUUUCUUUCUUUCUUUCUUUAAUCGUUCCUUUUUUCUUUCCUUCCUUUCUUACUCUCUUUCUUUCUUUCUUCCUUUGCAAACUUUCAUUCGUUCUUUAUAUGAGAACACACGUUCUUUCUUUUUUUUAUUUCAUCUUUCUUUCUUUCUUUCUUUCUUUCUUUCUUUCUUUCUUUCUUUCUUUCUUUCUUUUCAAGCUUUUAUUCACGUCAAUUCAGUACUUCAAUCUAUUUUUCUUUUUCUUUCUUUUUACAUAUUAAUUUAUUUUUCUCGUGAUGUCUUUCAUACUUUGUUCAUAUUCCUAUACUUCUUUUCUUUCUUGAAACUCUUUUUUCCAUUUGAUUAA